GGAGUGCGGGGUGUGUGUGCGGGGCACUGCGGCCGGCGGGCCCCGGCGCUGCUGAGCGAGAGAAAUGUGAGCCGGCUGCACCACUGCGGCGGCACUGCGGGCACCGGGCGGCAGCGGCGCGGGAGCGCGCAGGCAGCGCCCGCGCCCGCCGAGCCCCGCGGGACAGCGGGGCCGGAGCCUGCCCUGCCUGCCUCCUCUUGCCUGCCUCCUGCCUGCCCUUCCUGCCCUGCCUGCCUCCUGCCUGCCCUGCCUCCCCCGCCUGCCGCCUGCCUCCUUCCUGCCUGCACCUGCCGGAGGGUGAAAGGGGGGUGCUCAAGCUGCAGCCUCCCCCCGCAGGCAGCGCAGCCUGCGCUCUCGGCCGCGGAGUGUUGCAUCAGCUCUGCGCGGAGCGGAGGCUCCGCGGCUGGGGGAGCCGGGAGAGGGAGAGCGGAGCCGCGGGGCCGGCGGAAGGUGCCUCCUCGGCGCUACCUGCCCGCCUCCCCCCCCGCCCCCGGGCAGUCGGUCCCCGCGGAGCAUCCGGAGCCAGAGGAGCCGGCGGGAGCCCGGCGCCGCCAGCCCCAGCCCUGCCUUUUGUGGCCGGUUCCCUCCCCGCGCCGCCGGGGAAGCUGCGGGAGGAGGCGGCGGAGCCGUGGGAAGCGGGGCCGCGGAAGCGGAGAGACCCCACCAGCAUCCCCGGGGAGCCGGCGACUCUCACGGGCAGCGCCUGCAUCGCUCUGCCUUUCAGAUCACCUUUAGCCGCUUGGGCCUCCCAGCCUUCGGCCGGCACGGAACAGGGCUCUGGAGGCUAAGCUGGACACACGACCGCAGCGGGAGGCACGGCGGGCCCACAAUGCAGUGAGCACGAAGCUGAGCUGGGGACAGAAGUGCUGGGGACGGAGGGGACAAGGUGCGUGGCAGCAGCCCAGGUGAGCUGCCCUGCGGCGCGGGAUGUGCCCCAAGCCCCUGCCCCAGCGGAGCUGCCGCCGCUGAGGACAAGUGGGAGAGCCGGGAAGUCAGAGCAAAGGAAUUUGCAAACACAUUCUUCAGCGCCACGAGGAUCCCACGGCACGUAAACAGGAAUAAAGGCCGGGUGGAGGUGGGGGCCAGGACAAAGCGGGGGCUGCCCCUGCUUCCUGCAAGACCUUCUCAGAUUCACCUGCUCUGGGCAGUGCGCAGCACCACGACCCUCAGCUUGCCGUUCUUGACUGUGGCUGAUCCAGCAGAGAAAGUGCCAGCGACGGCAAAGAGGUCCUGCGAGUGAGGGCCAGCGUCCCUGCGAGGCACUGUGGGGAGCCCACGCUUUGAUCGCCUGCCCAAGAGCAUCCUCCGAGGCAGGCAGGAUGCUGCUGUGAGCCCUGCCUUGCCCUGCCUGCCCCGGCCUCACGCCCGGCACCCUCGGGGCUGGCCGGAGAAGAGGGGUGCGGGGCUGGCUGGCGCUGCCCCGUCGCCCCAGGAUGCUCUCCCGCGCCAGCAGCUGCUCCCCAUGCUCCUGCUCCACGGCCAGACCGAGACUGAAAGCUCAGCAGGCUGCCGGCAUGUUUUAGCCUCAUGCAGGCGUCCCUCAGAGACCCCAGAGCAGUGGACAGUAAUGUGAAAACCAUACUCAUGUCGUGUCUGAAAGGGCAACAGGUCAUCAUUAAGAUGGAGGCGAUGAAGAUCAUCCACCCGGAGAAGUUCUCGGAGCUGCAGGCCUCCCAGCCGCGCUACGCCCCGGCCCCGCGCCGCGAGCCGCCCCUCGUGGCCAAGCGCGCCUGGCCCUCCGAGUCCGAGAUCAUCGUCAACCAGGCCUGCGGGGACAUCCCCGCCCUGGACACCGCCCCCGGGGCCCUGCCGCUGCCCCGGACUCCCCCCCUGCCGCGGCGCGAGCGCGGCUACCAGAGCCAGCGGAAGGGCAGCUCGGAGGUCUGCUACCACCGGCAGCCGCCGUCGGACGAGGUGAUCGUCAACCAGUACGUGCUGCACCCCUCCACGCCCUGCGAGCCCCUGGAGUGCCCCACCUGCGGCCACAUGUACAACUUCACCAACAAGCGGCCACGCAUCCUCUCCUGCCUGCACUCGGUGUGCGAGGAGUGCCUGCAGAUCCUCUACGAGUCCUGCCCCAAGUACAAGUUCAUCUCCUGCCCCACCUGCAAGCGGGAGACCGUCCUCUUCACCGACUACGGGCUGGCGGCGCUGGCCGUCAACACCAGCAUCCUCAACCGGCUGCCAGCCGACGGCCUGGCCGCCAACCCCGUCCAGUGGAGCAGCGACACCGACCGCAGCUGCUACCAGACCUUCCGCCAGUACUGCGGGGCCGCCUGCACCUGCCACAUCCGGAACCCCCUCUCCUCCUGCACCAUCAUGUGAGCCCCGCGCCCCGACCGCGCCCCCCGGCAGCGGGGCGGCCGCCAGAGGACAGCGCAGCCUCGCGGACCGGCCCCUGUCCCUUCUCUGCCGGUGGCACGGCCUGAGGAUGCUGCGACGCUCGCCCCGGCCGAGGACGUGGGACUGGCAUCCUCACUGGCACCGGUGGGCGGCGAUGGGGAUCUGGCAGCGGCCCCCUGCAGGCCGGCGGUGCCCGGGAAGAGUGACAGUGGGAUGGGAGCACAUCACCCAGCGGCUCCAGGGGCUCCGGCUCUCCUCAGGACUGCAGCGGUGCCCCUGCCGUGCACUGAGCAUCUUCCCCACACUCCCUUCCUGAGCACCUUCUCCCUCCUCUCUCCCUGCGGCUCCCAGCACCGGACCCUGGGUGCCAACCGGAAUGACAUCCUCCCCAUCACCCCGUGGCCACCGGCGGUGGCACAAGGAGCCCUGGAGGUGCACGGUGCCACACCGAGCCACUCACCCAGCACGGGAAAGCAAGGACAGGUCCUCAGCUGUGUCCCUCCCCCUUCUCUGUAAGUUAUUUGCCAAAGCUUUCAUCUCAGUGGCCAAGCCGCCACGCUCCCGAGUGGCCGCAGCCACUCCGCGCCGCCGCUGCGGCCCGCGCGUGGCCCACGGGCCCCUGAGGAAAGCUCCACUCUGUCCUCGUUUUGGAGGAUCCUUGUUUCGUCCCCAUCUGUCCCUGGCUGCCCUGUCCCAGGCCACUCCGCGUUCACAAAGGCAUUGAGCUGUGCCCCUUCUCUGCCACUCUGCCCGGGGCCUUGCACCCAUGCCCCGUGGGAUGGCCCAGGGGGCAGCGUGGGGGCCGGUGCCCCAAAUUGCCAGCGAGGGGAAUUGGCUGGGGGGAAGGGGCAGAGAUCUGGCUCCUGGCCACGGUCCCUUCCCCGGCGCAGCACCUCUGUUCUCACCCCUGUGCCAAGGGGCUGGCAGGGCAGCAGCGCCCCGGGCACAGCCUUGCUUUCUCCAGGGCGCCUGGAGGGGUAGGUUUGCUGCCAAAAAAAAAGCAAAAAAGAAUAACCUAAAAAAAAACCUUAAAGCAAAAGCCAUAAAUUGCAGGGGCUGCUGGGGGCUGAGCACCGCACCCCGCCACGGCUGUGGCACCAGGGGCACAGUGCCACCGGCUCCCAGGGCACCAGAGCCGGGUGAGGAAGAGGAGCUCCACAGAGCCGCCAGCCCUGCAGGGAAGAGCAGCCCCCAGCGCUGGUCCAAAGCCCAGCACCCAUCAAGGGAAAGGGACCCAGCCGUGCCCUCCUGCCCGCCCCCAAGCAGCCCGCGAUGCCGCCGGCACAGCCCCAGGUGCCACCCUGCCGCCAGCGAGAACGGGGCCUGAAACCGCCUCUGUGUUGCUCUGCCAAUGCCUCCUGCUGCUGGUCGUGACGGUGAUGAUGUUUUAUACCCGGCCUUGUUCUGACCCCAUCAGUCUCCCCAAUAAAGGUUAUAUU